AUGGGGACCAAGGAAAAAGCUAUGCAACUAGGUCUGUUCAUUCUCAUAGUGCUGCGUUACAGUGAAAGCGUACCAUACGAACGAGAACGCACGAACACUGAACUUGUGAACAAUUCAGUUCCUUUACUCACAUGGGAAAGGGGUUUGAGGAAUGCGAAGUCUACCCGAGGCUUCAACGAUGCCCCUGCAUCUGUCAGUGUUGAAGGCUGUCUUGGUGGAACCAGCGACCACCAAAAGCACAAUGAUGAGCCUAUGAUAGGCAAGGAUAUCAAUGGAGAAAACCGCCGGAGGUUUGAGCCCAAGGCUUGGGGCCCAGUUGAAGGAAAUAAGAGCAGUGACAUCCCCAACGAGGGAGAAAAUCAUUGA